AUCAUGUCUACCAAUAGAGAGUCUACUUCGCUAUCCAGCAAUAAGGACGAGAAAGACUUUGGCAAGGACAGACCAUCCUCCGGAAGAACUUCAGAUGGUGGAAAGCAAAACAACCAUCCAUCGAACGAACAUGGCGAUAUUGAAGUCGUUGACUGGAAUGGUCGAGACGAUCCAGCAAACCCUUCGAUCUUGACAGGUCUACCGGCUGGCAGUUAUGGUGCUGCUAAUGAUCAGAUGGGCUCCUUAUGGCACGUCCAGAACGAACCAUUCCCAAACCUUGCUUGGUCGACUGUAAGCUGGAACAUGGGAGCUGCACUGUUCCCCUUGCUCUUUGUGCCUCUGACUGAAAAUCUUGCAUCCUACAUCAUCUUCAUCAUCUUCCUCUUUCCAUCAGCCUUUGCGCAAAACUUUGCUACCAUGGUCGUUACUCGAUUUAUCGGAGGUGGCGCAUCAUCAGUCAGUAUCAAUCUAGUAGGAGGUUCUAUAUCAGAUCUUUACCGAACAGAGAAAGAAAGAUCGAUCCCAAUGUCCAUUUUCGGAUGGACAUCAGUAGUUGGUGGAGCCAUUCAGCGAAAUCUCAAUUGGAGAUGGAUUUAUUAUAUUCAAAUCAUCUUCAAUGAAACUCGAGGCGAUGUAAUUCUUGCAAGGAGAGCCAAGAAGCUUCGCAAAGAAGGCCGAAAUGCUUAUGCUAAAAGCGAGUUAAACAAGGACAAUGUAUUUGAGAUGCUAAAGGUAUCCUUCAAAAGACCUACCAAUAUGCUAUUGACAGAGUAUACCGUCGCCUCAUUCACCACCUUUAGCACAAAUUAUGGGUUCAGUGUCUUUCAGACUUCGCUUAUACAACUCUCACUGAGUGUAGGAGCUACGAUAGCCACCAUUGUCAACCCCAUUCAGAAUCAGCUCUACUUGAAAUCGGCGAGAAGAAACAAAGAAUCUCCAGGAAAGCCUAUACCAGAGGCCAGACUUUACUUCUCAAUUCCAGGCUCUCUAAUAUUUACGGCAGGAUUGUUCGUCUAUGGGUGGACAUCAUAUACCUUUGUUCCUUGGAUUGCACCAGCUAUUGGCAUAGCAAUGGUUGGUCUUGGUAUCUAUUCCAUUUACCAAGCUGUUGUUAAACGUCUUCGGGGCAUUUCUUCCACUUGCAUCUCCUCAAUUGUAUUCCAAUCUUGGAUAUUAAUGGGCUUCCACUCUGCUCGGCCUAGUUGCUCUGAUUCUGAGUUUGGCUCCCGUGUUCCUUCUUAUUCAAGGAUCUGCUAUCCGAGCUAG